AUGGCUCUAUAUGAAGCUUUAUACGGGAAAAAGUGCAGAUCAUCGGUACAUUGGGAUGAGGUCGGUGAGAAAGUCCUGUUGGGACCAGAGUUGGUGCAGGAGACUAAUGGCGCCGUCCAAAGGAUUAGGGCAAGAAUGCAGACGGCUCAGAGCAGACAGAAGAGUUACGCUGAUGUUAGGCAAAAGGCGUUGGAGUUUAGCGUCGGCGACCACGUUUUUCUUCGUGUGGUACUAGUGAAGGGAGUCCUAUGUUUUGGUAAGAAGGGAAAACUUGGUCCGAGGUAUAUUGGUCCUUCUGAGAUCUUGAAGCGCAUUGACCCAGUCACUUAUAGGUUGGCCUUGCCCCCGUCGUUGGAUGCAGUGCAUAACGUGUUCCAUGUGUCCAUGCUGAGGAAGUAUGUCCAUGACCCUUCUCAUGUCUUGGAUUCCGAACCACUACAGUUAGAUGAAACCUUGUGCUAUAUAGAGGUACAUAUUGAGAUCUUAGCAAAAGAAACCAAGGUGCUGAGGAAUCGGGCGAUUGACUUGGUGAAGAUCCUGUGGAGGAACCACCAAGUGGAGGAAGCUACCUGGGAAAGGGAAGACGAGAUCAGAGCCCGCUAUCUUGAGUUGUUCGAUCAACGAACUUUCAAGGACGAAAGUUUUUUAAGAGGGGAAGUCUGUAACGCCCCGCGUUACUCAGGUGUUGGAUCAAUGCAAGAUUUAGAACUGUAG